CUGCAGACGUAGAGGAAGAGGUGUCUAACCCAGAAGAAGAGGCACUUCCUGCAGACGUAGAGGAAGAGGUGUCUAACCCAGAAGAAGAGGCACUUCCUGCAGACGUAGAGGAAGAGGUGUCUAACCCAGAAGAAGAGGCACUUCCUGAAGAUGUAGAACAAGAAGUGUCCCACUCAGAAGAAGAGGCACUUCCUGCAGACGUAGAGGAAGAGGUGUCCAACUCACAGGAAGAGGCACAUCCUGCCGACGUCCAACAAGAGGCGUCCGAGGAAGAGGAAGAGGCAGAUGAAGGAGGAGACGCCGCUGCACAGGAGGAAGCAGCUGUCGAGCAGGAGGACUCUGUGACUGAUGAAACUGCUCCUGCAGAGGAGGUGGAGGCCGUAAAGGAGGAUCAAAUGGAGCAAGACGAGCCGGGCGCCUUACCAGAAAAGACGGCAGAGGGGGAGCAGAUUGAAGAAGAGCCUGAAGAGGAGAACCAGGAAGCUGAUGAAGAGGCGAGGCACACAGCAGCAGAGGAGGAGGAGGAGGAGGAAGAGGAGAUGUUGUCUGAAGGAGAAAAUGGACUGGGAGGGGAGGAAGUGACAGAAAGAGAGGAAGAACAGCAGGAUGUAGCAGCUGAAGAGGAGGCAGAGGAGACGGAUGAAGAAGAGGAGCCAUUAGAAAAUGAUGAUUUACCAGGAGAUGAAUACCAACGUGUCAUCCCCCCCCAUGCCGGACACGUCCUCAGAUUAUGAUAUGACACCGACUGCAGGAAGGCGGUGCUCCUGGUGGCUGUGGUUUGGGUGCAGUAUUCAUGAUGCGGGUGCUCUUGGGACGGCAGACCUCAGUCAGAAGAAACCGGUCACUGUGCUGGACUCCAAGCUGAAACACGGACCUCAAAAUAUGACUCGGCUGUUACGUUAGGAGAUUAAUAACUCAGGGUUAACCUGCCCAUAACAACCUCAGUAGCCUUAAUCCACAGGACUCUUCAUGAUGGUCACGGCUCGGCUCCGUACGAAACUGUUGAUCAAUGCACUCGAAGCCAUAAGAAAUGUCAAAAUGUUUCUUCUCACUGCCUGAAAUGGAUCGUCGGAGCAUAUUUUAGAAGGAAAAACUGUUAUUAUAUCCCAGUUGUUUACUCAGGCAACACAGCCACCUAAAAAUCAUCUUUGAUAAGAUAAACGAGAACAAUUCCUGAAUGUUUUUAAAGUAAGGGACUAACUGUAGCUAAUAGAUUUCUUUUUUUAAUUAUUACUUUUUACAUUACUUGAGGUUUGCUUAGAUUUAAAACUUUUUACCUAAUUAAAAUUCCACUCAGACCUACACACUUGUCGUAUUAUAAAAUGCAGUGGACUAAGUCCUCUACUUAGAACUGCUUCAUCAUCAUUUUACUGCUUUAAUACGUUUCUUUUACAAAUUUAAUGAAUAACAGCGGCGUAUUCUAUGCAUUCAAGGCCCUGCGAAUAAUGUUUCACCGUUGGGGAAACUGUUGUUUCUAACUUGAGAGGAGCCUCAGGGAUAAAUUACUCUAUAUAUAGGUGGAAAACUAUUGCCGCAAAAUCUCUUCAUCCAAAACGACACCGAUUGGACUAAUAUUGAUUGAUCAUAACGGUUCAUAAAAGUCCAACAGGAGCAGAAACACACACAACAGACGACUGCAUGAUGCAGAGUCAGACUUUUUAAGCUUUAGGUUGCGGAGGAGAGAUCUCCAGCAGGACACUGAGCCUAGAGGUCAAAACUAUGUCGGGAAUCCGAAAUGCGCAGGAGUACCGGGGUUCAUGUCACCAGAUAUGAACCCCGCCGAACGUGUCUGGGAACAUUAGAAACAAAAAGGUUCAAAAUAUAAGGUUCAAAUCCCAAUACUUUGUCGCUGAGAUGCUCUUAAGACAACUGGAAUAAGGUGAAAUCUUGACGAAUGCAGAAUAAAUAUGCAAGUUGCGAUCAGGGCAAAAGAAUAACAUCAGUUAUUAAUAAUGUGAAAUAUAAUCGCGAUACAAUGAGCUCUUUUGAGACAUAAAUGAUGUCAGAUGUGGAAUUAUUACCUUUGACUUUUACAAAACGCACUGCGUCGGCACUUCUCAUCUCACUUUGUCAUGAUUUUUUUUAAAAUAAACCCUCGUUUCACUUCUGUAUACUUGAAUCCGUGCUCUUUUUUUCCGCACACAAUUCAUAUGGACCAUCUUGCUCGUGUAUUCCCCUUAAAGCCAAAGCUCGACACCGCUUAGCCCCGAGUGCAAUAAAGCUCAGUCGUUACCCAGAAACUAUUUCAAACGCACCAAUGAGCCACAUGGGGCGCACUGGCUGACAUGUUCAUUCAUUAUGCACUAUUUACUCCUUUUAAUACAACAUCUGCGUGUUUCAUGUUUAAGGAGACAAACUUUAAAGAAUAAGUAUUGUAAUAUGCAUUUAUAUUGGGCUGCAAAUGUUAAUAAAUAUCAUAUUGAAUGUCCUAGAAGAAAAGAUGCUCCCCUUAAAUGUUAUUCAAAUUAUUUUAUAUACAUAUGGCAGAGGGAAACUGCAGCCGGAUCACAAUAUAUGCAUUCAUACAACUUAUCAUCAUAUGAUCAGCAUCAAGAAAUCUGUUUUAUCUGCACACAUGUUCAACUGUAGUGAGUCAAGACCUGCUUGCAUUAAGACAGGGGUGUCCAACUCAUUUUCACGAUGGGUCACAUCCGCAUCAUGGCCGCCUCUUAAAGGGCCGGUUGUAACACGUAUAUAAACGUAUAACUACUCCCCAAGAUAUUGUUAAAUAACUCUCUUGUCAUUUAAUUGUUUAUUUGAGUGUAUAAAUAUUGUACAUCAAAAAAUGUCUCAAAUAUUAUAACAUAAAUCCAUUUAAUCUGAAACUUUCAAAAUAAAAGCGCGGUAAAUUUUCUUAUAAAUUUCUUGAAGAAAAGGUGAUCGUAUGUCUUUCAAGCCGUCGGGGGGGGCCACAUGAAAUGACGUGGCGGGCCAGAUUCGUGUUAUCCCGUCGUAAACAGGAAGUCUGAAUCGAUUGUGAGGAUCAGAAGCUCUCCCCCCCCCUUUUCUCUCCCUCUCUCUCCCCCCUCUCGCUCUAAUCGAGCCGGUUACAGUCUUUCCUUCAGCCCCUCCCACACAUCACUGCUGCAGUGUCUCGCUGCCUCCCGUCUCUGACCUUCCACAGGGACCAUGCAGGCAUUUGCUCCCAGGUCCUUUCUGACCCCCGUCAGGGACGAGGAAGCAGGGUCUCAGAGGAAAGCAAAGUCCCGUCACGCCAGACAGACCCGCAGGUCCACACAGGGAGUGACUCUGACUGACCUGAAAGAGGCUCAGAAGACCAACAGCCUGUCUCCUCUGGACAGACAGAUGGAGGAAGGAGGCACUCUGGCUGAAAGGAGCUGUCUCAAGAAAAGCUCGACGGAUGACAGGAGACUCACAAUCGGCUCGACAGAAACCACGGAGAUCAGUGCCAAGUGGAGCAAGAUGGACGAGGAGGGGAACAUUGAAUCCAGGUUUGAAACCCUUCAUGAGUCUUCGAUACCAGACCUUUCAUAUGCGUGUGCGGCUGGAUCCCGCGGCCUGCUUCACUGCAACGACGCGUUCAUAGCUGGUGAGAGAUGGUGGAAAGACGAAAAUCAGAACCCUGUCGAGGAUGAAGCCGCGCUGACCUUUGCAACGGCUCGAGGGCGCCGCUCUGACGGAGAGCAUGAGAGAUUGUCAAGAUACGACUCCAGUGGGGAGAGCGCGACAGACAAACCGCUGGGCCGCGCCAGCUCGUACACUCGGAGGGAGACGAGGCUCGCUGCUCUGAGCAGACAGGAGCAAGACUCCACUCCCAAAGACUAUAAGAAGAUGUAUGCAGAAGCUUUGCAUGAGAACGAGAAGCUCAAGUCCAGGUUGCAUGACAGCAAACAUGAACUGGUCAAGAUCCGCUCCCAGCUGGAGAAAGCAACUCAGAGGCACGAGAGAAUAUCAGAAAGAUCCACAGUACUCGACUCUGAGAAAAGGGAAAAACAAGCUCUUGAGAAAAGAGUGUCAAACAUGGAGGAUGAGUUAAAGGUCUUAACAGAGCUCAAGUCAGACAACCAGAGGCUGAAGGAUGAGAACGUUUCUCUCAUUCGAGUCAUCGGCAAACUGUCCAAAUGAAAAGACGUCUGCAGCUCCUAUUCUGUGUGCGUGGAACGCUCCGACCCCGACGGCAGUUUGAUCUGCCACGGCGUCCCAAGUUGGGACUUGGGAAGCUCCCGAGAAAGAGUGUGAAAGAGUUUCAGUCGUGUGUCACUGAUGGAGGUCCAACAGUUGUUGCUGCGUGAUUAGUUAUGUUCACAUUAACCCAAUAGAGACCCGUCGUCCUGUUUGAGAGAUGAAACUAAACCGCGGGUUUGCAUGAAGGUACUGUUUCUAAUUUUAUAACCACGCUUCACGUCGAGACGACACGUUUGUUGUUACAUCGUCACGUCUGACACUUUGCCAUGGAGAUAUGAUCGUUAUCAUUUUAAUCAGAAUAUAUGUGCAGCACAAAUGUAAUAACAGGUGCUCCAGUGCCAGAAGCAAAACAGACAUAUUAAUAUGGAUCCGCCAAGGCAUCUGAGGAGCAACAGAAUUGCUUUGACAUCUUCUCAUGGAUAUUAGAACCUGACAACAAAAUAGUUUGUAUAACAUUUUAUCUAUAAUGUUAUAUGAAGUAAAUCAUUGUGAAUAUGUUUACGCUAAGAUAAAGAUAUUAGGGCUUCAUAAGAUGCAGAUAUUAUGGUGUGUUUUUGCCUUGAUUGAUAACUUUCUCAGGUGUGUCACUCAGCUGCACCGGCUCACCUCACAACACUUCUUAAUUAGAAUUUCAUAAAUCAAAUUUCUGUAAACUGUUGACCCACCAUUUCUCUCCAGCAAACCUAUUCCAAUUGGUUUGAUACAUUUUUAAUGACAUUUCCAUCAAAAAAGGAGCUUUUAUGAUAAUGUGCCCACUGUAUACUGUCAACCGGCCAUAGUUAUGUCUUUACAGUUUCCACGAUAACGUUUAUUGGUCCUUUGCAGAGGAUUUUGCUUCAAAACAGCAGAAUGGCUGGUUGAGUGUGACAGAUCGCGUCCUUUCUUCUGUAAUAGAGAUAUAUUUAUUUAUUUAUGCAUUUCUUCGUUCUAAUCUUUAUAUUUUAUUUACGACAUUUUCAAUGGAAUACAGCACAUUUUUUGGGGGUCAUCUUCUUGGCCAUCUUUCUGUUUGGUGAUGAAAAAACACAAAUGCCAAAAUCUUCCACUGGUGACAUUUUAGCCCCCACAAUAUUGUGUGAUUAAUAAUGAAUAAAUAUCAAGCACAAUCCAA